UGGCAGCCUCCAUGAUUGACGGUCAAAACAUGACGAAAUUAUCAAAAUCAGAGAGAAAGUUACGGAAAAAGCAAACGAAGUCUCAACAUACAUUGUUAAAGCAUGAUGGAAUAAAGGCUUCCGAUAUUCCUACUAAAAUCCUUUGUAUCAACAAUGCAGGUCUUGAUAGCUGUGUGUCCAGGGAUGAGGUGCAUGAACUUUUUACAAUAUAUGGCAGCGUUGAGGAUGUGAUCAUGAUGCCUCAGAAACCAUAUGCCUUUGUGUGUUACAGACAUGAGGAUGAAGCAGAGGUUGCAUAUGGAAACUUAAAUGGGCAAACAUUGCCUGAAAAUGAUAAUAGAAAGUGGCCUGUGACAAUAUACAUAUCUUAUGUCAGUCAAGUUCCUCCGAGCCUGUCACCCUCUAAAGAUCUCCCUCCCGGCCUCAUACUCAUUAGGGACUUUAUCACCGAGGACUUUGCCCGUAGACUGCUAGAAUCCAUUAAAUGGGAUGAAGACACGUCACAAGGUCUGCAGAAAGAACUGAAGCACAGACAAGUGAAGCAUUAUGGUUACGAAUUCAAAUACGGAAUCAAUGAUGUGGAUGUCGAUGAUCCUUUGCCACAGGGUGUUCCAGACAUCUGUCAGGAGCUUCUGGGUAGAGCCUUAAAAACAGGGCAUGUCAAAUAUCUGCCAGACCAAGUCACAGUCAACAAAUAUCAGCCAGGACAAGGUAUACCUCCCCAUGUAGAUACCCCUGCUGCUUUUGAAGAUGGAAUCAUGUCUCUUAGUCUUGGUUCACAGGUGUUGAUGGAUUUCCGUCACCCGGAUGGUAAACACCUCUCUGUAUUGUUACCACCUGGAAGCCUGCUGAUAAUGACAGGGGAAUCACGCUACCUCUGGUCACAUGGGAUCACUCCACGCAAAUCGGACAUCCUCCCAACUCCUGACGGCAGGCUGACCAUCGCACACCGGGGCACUCGUACCUCUUAUACGUUCAGAAAAGUCAUCCCACCAAAUGACAGAAUAAACCGUCACAUACCAUUUACCACAGAAAAUAGACAGCCUAACCCCACCAAACUUCCUCAGUCAGAAGCUGAUGCUGCAUCCCUGGAACAGAUACAUGUACAUCAGGUGUAUGAAGAAAUAGCAGACCAUUUCAGUGGGACCCGGCAUAGUCCCUGGCCACGAAUAGCAGAUUUUAUCAGAUCACAACCAACAGGGUCCAUUCUGGCAGACAUCGGCUGUGGCAACGGCAAGUACCUUGGCAUAAACAAGGACAUAUUUGAGGUGGGGUCUGAUCGGAGUUUAAAUCUGGUCAAGAUCUGUGAGAGUCGAGAUUUCCCAGUGUUUGUCGGUGAUGUUAUGUCUAUACCUAUCAGAUCUGGAGUCUGUGAUGUUUGUCUGUGUAUAGCUGUGCUACACCAUCUCUCUACAGAGGAGAGAAGACUACAUGGAUUAUCAGAACUAUUGCGUAUCCUACGUCCUGGAGGUAAAGCUCUCAUUUAUGUAUGGGCAAUGGAACAGGAACUACAUAAAGUCAAAUCUAAAUAUUUAAAAGAGAUUAAGGUCACAGAUUAUAUUGAUAGAAGUACCAAUGACACGGAUACAGAAGUGAAACAGGUCAAGGUAAACGAUACACCGAGAGACUCAUCAGAAAAAGAUGUAGCAACACAACUUAAUGGUUUAUCCUUGUCAAAAGGAGAACCAGAUGAGGAGAAAACGAUUUCUGUUAACAUGGGACAUAGUGAGAAUGACCGUGUAGAUGGACAGGAGGUUAUACUUACACCACUGUCUUGUGAUAGGUUAGCAACAUCGGACUCAACAGAGACAUGUGAGCUUUGUGUAAAUGCAUCAGGACAAGCCCAAGGUCACAGCUGUGAAUGUUCCGACAGAGCACAAAAUAGUAGAAAGAUGUUAGAGGUACACAAAAACAGGACCAGCUUUAAACAGCAAGACAUGUUCGUACCGUGGCAGCUAAAGAAGAAGGGGAUGGAGGAGGAGGGGGCCAGUGUGAAGGACAAAGCUGACCCAGUGUUCCACCGAUACUACCACGUGUUCCGACAGGGAGAGCUGGAGGCUCUGUGUGGGAGACUGGACAACUGUCGGGUACAGGACGGUUACUAUGACCAGGGAAACUGGGCCGUGAUAUUGCAAAAGUUAUAGUGUCAAUUUAAACUGUUAAGAGAGUGAAAGAAUGAUAGCAUGGGAAAAAAAACAGUAACUCUUUCCUGUGAUUGAAAAACAUAAAAAUGAUUCAAUUAAUCACUUAUUUUGAUAACAUUAAAUUUCUCAAAAUAUGGAGCUCAACUUCUGGGUAUUUUGAUUACCAUGGUAUGUAAGUUUUAAUUAAAUAUGUUUCUCCUUCAAAUCCAAAGAGGAAACUUAGAAGUAAUUCUGUAUCAAACCACAAAAAGUGUGCAGUUAACUAUUUAGAUUAUAGUGACCUUCAUCUCCCAAGCUCAAAUUGGUGCAAAUAAUCUGAAUCAAUUGAUUUAAAUAAAAUAUUUUGAAAUGAAAAUCGGUGAUAUGCUAAGUGGGCUGUCAGUUUUAAAUCAUUGAAGAUAUCUCAAUAAAAAUUAAUCACCUGUACCUCAUUACCCACAUAAAAUGUGCAGUUCACAUUAUUUAUGUAACAGUGACCUUUGUCUCAAGUUCAAAGGUCAGUCAGUGCCAAAUUAUUAGUGAAUAUUUGUUUGGCUGUCAAUUUUAAACUUAACAAUGUUUAACUUUUGAUGAAACUUGCAGAAGUUACAGUAUACCUUUUCUUAAUUGUUAUAAUAGUUCUUGCAUAAUAAUAGAAUAAUACAGUUAACAUCCUAAAUCUGUGCUGCUCCACACUUCUGAUACUAGAGGUUACCUCUAUUACUAUAUUUGACCUUGAAAGUCCAGUAUGCAUUGUACAGCGUAAAGGGAAACGGGCUUAAUACAAUGGUGAUUUAAGAUAGAUUGAAGUCAACAUUUUAUUGGAGAGAUAACCUUUACUAAAGCAAGUAGAAUUAGGGAUAGGUCGGCUUAUAAAAGGUUGAAUAUUGCAUUGAUUAAUAAACCUAAUGUAACAGCAACCAGGUAGUUUUAGUAUUAGAAAUAUUUCACCUGCAAUGAAUUAUACAAAUUUUAACAACUGGUUAUUUCUGCAGAUCAUUUUAUUUAAGGCUAUACACAAGCUGUGCAUAACAAUUACAGGUGGUAGGUACUACACAGGUAUAAAUACAGUUCCUAUGUACAGGUAUGUGAUUGUUAAAACAGGUGUAUACAUUCCAGUGUCACACAUUGGCAAAACCUCAUUUUUACAUGUGAUAUUUUUCAAUUCACACAUAGAGCACAUACCAGCAUGCUCAUAUACUGAUAUCUGGUUAUUUCAAAUGUCAUCGCAUUAUGUGCAAGUCCGUUUAUAAAAAAAAAAAUCAAAGUGAAGAUUUUAUGAAAUUUACAUGUCAAAUCUUAUUUCAAUGCUUUCCACAUGAAAAUAUUAACACUUAUCUAAAACUAAGUGUCAAUUCAAUAAUUAUUGAUGAUGUCAUAAAAACCAUAAAAGUAGGAAAUGUUGUAAAAAUAGGAUUGCAUGAAGAUCAAUAUGUUUAUACAUUAUAAAAAUCUUUUCCAAACACUGACUACCUUAGUAAUUCAGCUGCAUCAACAAAUUAUCUAUAUUUGCUUACAUUUUUGAGCAACUUUUUACAAAGAUGUUAAGUUAAUCAUCGGUUCUAAAAUUGAGUAUAAUUCAAUGUCAAAAAUGUGGUUGCAGGUGAUUAAUCAAGUGUGACAGAUGACUUCUUUUUUUGGGUACAUAUGUUCUCAUUUUUUUUGGAAUAUCACUUGAUAGACUGUCAACACAAACCAAUGUAAAAUCCUAUUACAAACAAUAUUAAAUUAUUGAUGAUACUCAAUUUUUUGUUCAGACCACACACCUAUCAUGAUCAGGACUACUGAAACUUUUGAAAGCUAGCAAAGCCAUAAUUUGCCCGACUUAGUUGGUGGGGGAUUAUUUCUACUCUUAUGUGCAACUUUUUACUGAUAUUUCACAAGCUUAUUCUAUUACGGUCAUAGAUAUAAAUGAAACGACACCAAAUUGAACAAUCUUCAUCUAUGACAGAACAUUUAAAUUAUGUUAUUGUUCUGUAUGAAUUAAAACAAAAGGCCCAAAGGCCUUAAUUUAUCACCUA